UCACCAUUAACGGCCAUAUUAUCCCAACCCAUAAAGGAAUUCUCCCAUUACCCACAAGCUGCUAAUAAUGCCCCCAUCCGCCGAUAUGACCCCCCACACUCCCAAAAAAAAGGCUCUCUCCCCUUGUUGGUGAUGAACUACCUCCUCCUCUUUGUUGGCUCCGUCUCAGCCACUCUCCUCUCCAAAUACCAUUUCAUUCAUAAAGGCUCAAGCAUUUGGGUCGCUACAUGGGUUCAGUGUGCUGGCUUUCCUCUUCUUCUCCCCCCAAUUAUCCUCCCUUAUUUCCUCAACCUCACCACCAGAAGACACUUCACCCAAUUCACCUCCAAAAUCUUCUCCAUCUCCAUCUUCGUGGGCCUUAUGUUGGGCCUCAACAACCUCCUGUUCUCCGUCGGCAACUCCAACCUCCCGGUCUCCACCUCUUCCCUCCUUCUCUCCUCCCAACUCGUCUUCAACCUCCUCCUCUUCGUACUCAUCGUCAAACAGAAGGUCACAUUCUCCAACCUUAACUGCGUCAUCCUCCUAACCGUCAGCUCAAUCCUCUUAGCCCUUGGCUCGAGCCACGACAAGCCUCCCGGUCUGACACGUGGAAAAUACUUCUUCGGAUUCUUCUCCACCAUCGGCGCCGGCUUGCUCUUCGCUCUCUACCUCCCCAUCAUGGAAAAAGUCUACAGAAAAGUCGCGACGAUGGAGGCGGUGAUGGAGGCCGCCGCGACGGCGUUGUCGACGGCGUUGAUGGUGUGGAACGGUGCGUUUGGUGGCAUGGUGAGGGAGGGGAGGGAGGUGUUUGAAGUUGGGGCCCUGAAGGAAUUCUUCCAGAAAGGUUAUUAUAAGACAAGUUCAAGUGAGACAAUGAGGUCAAAGAAGAAAAGCUUUGGGGAAUCUCUCCUGAAAGGUGGUUGUGUGAGAGAUCAAGAGUUUCCAACUUGCUUAAGUUUCUGA